UGCGUCAAAGAGGAUCUAUCAGGUUUAGGCGCUCUUGUUGAAACCUGUAUAACUGCAGAGAUGAGGGAGAAAGCAGAAGGAUCGAUCAGUUUAAGGAUGAUGGACCUUUGGUGCCGGCUGUGGCACCUGCCACUAAUGAUGUAUAUCUCAGGACUCCUGCAGUUUGAUCUGUGCAGUGGUCAGAUUCAGGUCCAGAUCCAGGAAGGUCCUCUGUAUAGAGUGAAAGGAUACCCCAUCUCCAUAUCCUGUAACACAACAGGGUUUACAGGCCCAUCUGAGAGGGAUUUUGAUUUCAUUCUCAAGAAACAAAAUAUGGAGAUAAAUAUAAUCAGUACCAGUAAAGAAGACUUUUCCUACGGAAUGUUCUCCGGUAGAAUAAGAAAAAAAGAGAUUUAUAUUGAAAGGCUGUCAGGAUCUUCAGUUGUCUUGUGGAUCAAAGAUUUGCAGGAGAAUGAUGCAGGUGAUCUGCUCUGUGUGACCAAACACACAGGUGGUGCAUAUUACGGAGAUUAUGAUGAUGAAGCAAAGCUUAAUGUGAUAGCAGACACCCUGGAGGCAUCGUACUCGGGCUCUCCUUCUCAGAGCUUGUCUGAAGGGGAUCCUCUUCAGCUUGAGUGCCAGGUCUCCAGCCAGACUUUUCAACACACUCAUCUGUCGGUCACCUGGUUUCUUCAUGGUGAAGAGGAUGAAAACCCCCGGCCAAUCAUUACUCUGGACAAAGAUCUGACUGUAAAGCCAGGAGCUGGAUUUGAGGAUCGCUAUCGUGCUGGUCUUAUCAGCAUGGAUAAGGUGGAGGACACAACCUACAGACUGAAGAUGCCUCAAGUGCAGCAGUCCGACCAGGGGAAGUUCUUCUGCAAAGCCAUUGAGUGGAUCCAAGACCCAGACCGUUCCUGGACACAGAUUGCCCACAAAACCACCACGGCAUGCGAUGUAGAGAUUAAACGAAUCGUGGUCCCUGAUGCUGACUCCUUCAGUGUUAAUCUGAAGGCUUCAAAGGGGCCACUACAGGAGGGAGACGCACUGGACAUCCGCUGCAGUGUGAAUGCACAGAACCUUCCUGGUCAUUUCUUCUCUGUGACUUGGCUGAAGGACCAGCAGAGAGUGGCCCAGAUCGGAUCCUCUGGGGUGCUCACCGUUUUCGACAGUUACAAAGACAGAGAGAAUGCAGCAGAGAUGAGAGCAGUGAAAACCAGUCACAUGGACUACCUGCUGACCGUCCGUUCGGCUCGGACGGAGGACCACGGCCAAUACCAGUGUGAAGUGUGGCAGGAAAACAUGAAUGAAGAUGGCACCUUCAAAAAAAUACAAAAACAAAUGUCCAGUCCAGAGACUGUGAGCAUCACGGCUAAAGAGAGUAAUCUGGCGGUGGUCAUGCUGAUGAAGGAUGCGGUCACUGAGGGAGAUGCACUACACCUCUCCUGCUCAGUGUCAGGAUUCAAGGGUCCUUUAUCAGUGUCAUGGCAACACAAGAAAGACCCGGGGGCUUCCUUCAGUGAUGUCGUUAGUCUGACCCAUGAGGGAGUGAUGAAAGAUGUUGGGGCAAGGUAUCAGAGCAGAAAUGUCCAAACAUUUCAUUCUCCAGCUGGAAACUUUACUCUACAGCUUGGUGCAUCUGCAGUAUCUGACAGCGGAGAAUAUAAGUGCAUUGUGUCUGAAUGGACAGUACAGAGCAAUGGAGAGAUGAAAGCCAUCACCCAAUCUCAGCAAAAAGCCAUUACAGUUAAAUCUGUUGAAUCUCUAAUGGUGGUGAGCUUGACAAGUCGUACAACAAAUGUACCUAUAGAUUCUCCAGUACAACUGCUAUGUCGAGUCAGAGGGCCUAAAGUGUCUUUGGCUCUACGCUGGAUGUUUCAGCCCCACAAUUCAACUGUUCAAACAAAUAUUUUAUCCAUAAGUCACACUGGAGAAAUGGAAUGGAGAGCAGAUCAGAGAAACUAUCAGCUGAACAUUCAAGUACAGCCGGGAGACACUCGUUUCACUCUCAUGGUGCCGAGAGCCAGCAAACAACAAAAAGGACAGUACCAGUGUCAAGUUGAUGCCUAUCAAAAGGAUGUACAGAAAGCCUUUAAGAACUCCAACCUGUUAGCUGUGAUUGUACACAAACCUGACAGCAAGAUGAGCCUGUUCUCACCCACUUCUCGUCUGGAAACCACUGUCGACACUGAUGCUAAGCUUGAAUGCUCAGUCAUGAAGACAACCACAAAUACGUCUCGUUUCACAGUAACAUGGAUGUUUGGGUCCCAGGUGCUCUUAACUAUGGACUUAGAUGCUGUAGUCAAGUUUGGCCCUGCAGCCGGCCUGGAGAUGGACCAGAGGAUCCGUUUGGAAAUAAGACAGAAACACAACUUCCAGAUGACUAUCCAGCAGGUCAGAACAUCUGACAGUGGACAAUAUCACUGUGAGGUGGAAGAGUGGCUCCAGGAUCCUCUUGGUGACUGGUAUUCCCUCAAGAAAAUGUCUGUUUCCACAGAGCUGGUUGUCAAAGAGAAAGAAAGUAAACUGCAUGUUCAGAAGGACAAUCAAACGCUCAACGUUACAAACCAUCAGGCUGGGUUCACCAUUGACUGUGUCAUUGACUCACAAUCCAGCGAUAAAUCCGUCUUUGAGGUCACCUGGUUCAAGGUUCAGAAAGAAGGACAAGUCGCUAUAUUCACUGCCAGGCGUGAUGGUAUCUUACACGGUGCAAUUUCUGAUAGAAAUCUUCUGUUUGGACGACCACUUGCCACACACUAUAAACUGACUGUGCUACAGAUCAACCCCACUGAUAUUGGGCAAUACUACUGUCAGGUUGAGGGGUGGCUUCUAACUGCUAACACCUGGAAGAAAUUUGCUUCAGAUAAAUCUGGAGAGCUCUCCAUCUACGUUCACACUGAAGGUAAGAUGUUCUAAGCAUUUUUUUAUUUUAGACGGAAAUCAGAUGGAAUCAGACGAAAAUUUUCACAAAAUCAGAACCCCGAAGGCAUUUUGUGAUUAUUUAUAUAAUACAACAUUUCUAGGGGUAUUAAGGGGUGCUGAAUCCAAAUCUGCUGUAUAUGAAGCUCAAAAGUGUCCCAAAAUACCUAAAAAUUAAGAAAUUCAAAAUGGCCACCUACACCAGGCUGAAAUCUAUUUUUCUGUGUAUCUUUUUGACUAAACAAGGUACAAACAUGAAAUAAAUGUGCUUUUGUAAGUUUUCCUACAUGGGCAAUUCAAUGCCAUAUUCAGAUUUAAGAUAUCAUGUGAAGAAACUGCUUAGAUAUUGCAAAAAUUGUUGUUUUUAACUAUUAACUAUUAUUAACUAAUUCAUAAUUAAGUUGUUGUUAUUAUUAUUAUUAUUAUUAUUAUUAUUAUUAUUAUUAUUAUUAUUAUUACUAUUAUUACUAUUAUUGUUGAUAUUACCAGGCUACAUUUACUUAGUAUUUUGUUUUCAGGUCAAAAGUACAAACAAAUAAAGUUACAAAAAGUUUUCACACAUGGGGAAUUUAACAUGCUGUCCUGAUAAAGAUCAAGUAUCAAUAAUCAGCUUGAAAAUCACACAAGUAUAGAGAAAAAAGUGGUCAUUAGUGAUAAAGAAGUUGUCGACCAAAUAAGAUCGAAAAGCAAGAAGAUCCAUGGGUCAUGGUGAUAUUUAUUGAACUAUAUGCCAGUAGAAGUUACAGUGACAGCUUAUUCGCAGUCCUCUUCAAUGUUCUGGUAAGUAUUGUCAAGUUUUCUGCAGUUACAUGCGUCUAUACAUUCCAAGCGACUCUUUCUGAAUAACAGAAGAUUAGAAUAGAUAGAUUACAACCAGUACAAGUACAGGUAAAUUUGAAUACUCUACCAGUCUAUCAUAUUUGUACAUUCUUGUACACAAGUAUCAACAUUAGCCAAUUCCCUAUACACAUACCUGCAGUUGCAGCGUUGGCUGAGGCAUCUCUUGGUACACCCACAUGAAGUGAACUCCCUGCAGGCUUUAGGCAUAGGUGGCAGAGACAUUAGCUGUGGCACUAAUUGACCUUCCUUGUGCAUCCAUUCCAUUUCAUCCACUGGAGGAAGAUCAGGAUGUGGCAGAUGAGCUUGGUUCCAGAUUGUCGCUUGAUAGUGUGAACGCAUGAUAUGAAACUUUACUGCAUCUGAGGUUGGAGGCAGAGUCUUUUGUGGACGACCUUUGCAAAACAACUUCACUCUUGCUUUGUUGCAUGUAUCAACCUCGGGCACACCAUACAUCUUACAGAUUAAUUUCUCUGUUGAAUUCAGAAUAUCUUCUGUGAGAGGGCCCUUCCCAAGGCCAGUAAGAUCUGUGUGAUGUUGCUCAAACACCUGCCAGGCUGUUUUCUUUCCAUGACCGCUAAACUGAGACACACUAUCACAGCCAGUGAUGGCAUGUCCAAUUGAUCAUCAGAAAGUAACUUGCAAAUGUCAUGUACUGGAAUAUACUUUGGAUCAUUUGAUGUCCCAGCUUUCAUGUAGAGAUGGGUACAUCCAAUUCUGUUAUGAUGUGCUAGAAGUAGAAGAAGCACGUCUGUGUCACGCACUGACUCCACUAUUGUGUCCAUAGGAGCCUGAAUGCAGUGCAAAAUCAGUCGUGUAUCAGCAUCCUCAUGGUCAGCCCUCAGAGAGGAGAUUUCAAGUUCUGGAUCUGAUGACUUGACAGUGGUCGCUUCAGCAAACCCAUCUGAUACUACUACCACUGGCUCAUAUUCUGGGCUGUGUUCUAUCAGAUGGUUUGAGAGUAGUUGAGCAAGAUCUGCUUUGUUCUCUUCCAGUGCCAUGAAGCUCGACCAGUCUGCUGGAAGUGGAACAGAGUAAUUCACGAUCUCUCUGCAUACUGGUCGGUGGCGCUGUUUACGCUUCUUUCUUGUGUCUGUUUUGAUGGAUUCGUCUUGGUACCUGUCGAAGACUACAUCAACCCUAUGGUACUUCUCCACCAUCUUCAACACUGUGACAGCAAACUUGUUGGCAUAGUGGCCGAAUGUUGUGAUGUCAGGCAGCUUCCCAAGUCCCAUUACAAGUUCUUGGCCAUCAAUAAUAAAGCAGCAGGGUUCCUGAAGGGGCAAAUCUGCACGGGUUUGGAUAUGUUUUGUCAGUAUAUUUGCUAAAACAGAUUUGUUGGUGGAAUGUAGACUGCCGUUAGUUGCAGCCAGAGAUGGCGGGAUGGGCAUGAGUUCAUGCUGGAGAAUAUUUUCCAGGUCUACCUUGCGACCUGCUCUGUAAGCUGUGAUGAGCCUUUGUAGAAUCUGCCUGUCCACUUUGAUGAUGUUUUGCUUUUUCUUGGAAAGUUGCACGACUUCAUACAAAGAGGCAAACGUUUUGGCUUUGUUCUUUCGAAUGGGUGACUUCAGAUCCAAGUGCUGGUCACUAUCUGGAGGUUCACACAGACGUUUGUCCACAAACACUUUCAUUUGUGCCUGUCCAAGGUGUUCUGCACCAAACAGAGAUUGUUAAAUCUGGGUUGUGACCACGUCCUUGUUGAUUAUGUUCUUGAGUGUGUCCCCACCAUCUAGAAAUACACCGUGCUCUUUUAAUGAUUGACAUAUUCUGCUUUCAUCCAAAUCAUCUCUUUCCAUUCUACUCUUUGUGCACUCUGUGUGUGUGCACUCAUCGUCUUCAUCAUCUGUUGUCAGUCUCAGCAUCGCUGUUGUCUGAGAAGCUAUGACUGUUUUCAGAUUAUACGACAGCGUCCAUCUACUGAGGGAUGUUGGUAUCCUGGUGAUACCUACUAGGCCUCCACUCUUUUUUCCUGUAGCGUUUAGCCACUCUGUACUUUGAUCCGCUGAAACCUGAUUGAAGCGUCGAUCACUGCGUUUUACUACAAAGUUGCCUUUCUUAAACUCAAGGAGGAUUUUCUUUAGGAGAGCAGACAUCUCAGCCAGGUACACAGUACCCCAUCUGGCAUAGUUGAUAUGAUCGUACCUGAAGAAGAAGGGCAGCAUACGUUUGAAAGCAUACAGGUGGAGUUCCCACAAUCCAUCACGUUGCGCUCUUGUGAAACAGAGUAGAAUGCUGACCAUAGUCAUAUAGUCCCACCAGAAUGCAGCAUUCGGGUCAUCUACUGCAAGUGAUGCAGAAAACUCUUUCAUGGGCUGCUGGAAUCGGUCUUUGGUCAGUUUGUUGACCAUUUGUGCGAUGUGAUCAGCAUCUAUGGACUGGCAGAGAUCUGCGAGUUCAACUCUCAGUGUAACAUCAACAUCAUCCAGAUAUGUGUAAAGCUGUGGGAGUAGUAGUUGCCAAAGAGCCUGCAGGGUAAGCUUGUGGGUCCUCAUAGCACGUGCAUACCCCUUUCCUGCCAUGACAUGCUGAGCAGCAUUUGCUCCCAAAAGAUCACACUUGACCCAUAGCUCCCUCGGGCCAGAAUCAACCAUGUGUUGUCCUGUCACACCCAGGUAGUUCAUGGCAAUGUGAAGGCCUCCAAGGCAAGGUAUAAGUACGUCCUUGUAUUCUUCUACUGACCACUUCAGUUCUAGCAACUUCGGAUAAAGAGCCUCAUCUACUGUCAGAAUGACAUGCUGUUGUUCCAUUGAUUUGGAGACAUGGAGCACUCGCUUGACGACUGUGUUCAGUGUAUCAACAGUCGUUGUAGUUGUAAGAAGAAGAAGAAGAAAGACUGUCUGUGGGCUGAAACAAAUGCCCUUAAUGGGCCUUCUACCAAUUAGAUUGUUGUUUUAAAAUGUUUCUUUAUUAUCAGUUAUGAUUACAUACAUUCACACUGUAAUCAUUUCACUUCUAAGAAAGUUAAUAUUGCUGUACAGUAGGCCUAAACGUUUCCUAAUUUUCUGUUGACUGCAAAGUUACAAGAAAAAAAGAAGAAAAGAAAGUAUUUUGGUUGCUUGUUUUAUCAACAUUUCACAUCUAAUCAACUCCUGACAAACAUUUUAAUUAUUAUUUGACAUAACUCAGUGAGUUAUUUGAUGUUUUACCAUAGCGGAUGGCAACCAGUGCCAUGACUGCUAACAUUGGCACAGGAGGAAAUACACAUGUGAGCAAGACAUACACACAUGAGCAAGACAGAUGAAUGUAUAUCUUUUAAAGUUACUCACAGCUGCCUGACAAUCUAUACUUUCAGUUUAUCUUAUUUUCUUCUCCUUUUUUUAUAGCCUAACAGCCAGUUUUGGCAGAAAAAUCCACUGUAACUGCACUGCAGGUUAAAGUAGCAGCUAGCUCUGUGCCUUUUUUUUUCUUUAGUUGUGCUGCCAAACUUAGUGGAUGGCAGCUUACAGUUUUGUUGUAUUUGUUACUCUUAGCUUUGAGAAAUUAUGCUAUCAAUGUUGAUGUUUUUCAGCUCAGUUUCUUUAAAUUCCCACGGGAUGACAAUUACACUGAUGGGUGAACUACUGUUCAACAUCAAGAGAUACAAUUAGAAAUCGGUUAUUCAAAGUCUAGCUUAAGCCGGAAAAUAGACUACUUUCAGGAUUGAUUAAAUGUUUUGGUUGAAUGUUUAAAACACGUUUAAAUUGUCUGACAAUUGCUUCAGAAAUAUUUUAAAUUGUGCUUUAUUAAUAUGUCAGUGUGCAAAUCAGUUAAGCCAGUCUGUGACUGGUAAUGCUGAUAACUUGAAUGAUUACUUUUUAACAUUGACAAAAAUACAUAUAUAUAAAAAUAAAAAAAAAGUUUAGGUUUUGGUUUGUA